UUAUUCAUAAGUCAUUCUCAACUCAUAGGGUACAUGUUAAUCUUUAUAGCUUCUGGAACAUUAAUCAAAAUGCAUUUUCUAGUGAGUUUCUUCGUAUCAUUCAUCUACAUAUUGUCUGCGAGUGCGCAGAAUUUUCCUGUUUUUAUUGGACGUAACACGCCACCAGUGCCAAAUUCGUACAACGUCCAAGGGCAGUUUGGAAACCCGAACCCAGUACCAUCGUCGAUAUCGGCCAACCGUGCUUUGUCAAUAGUUCCGCAAAGGGGCACAGUGCAACAGCAGAGUGAGCCGUGGGCGCCAGGAGAGCCGGAGUGGUUUUUUCCUAGUCGUCCACAGCAAUGGUUGAACUCGUGUCAGAGGCGUGGCUGUUCUGAGGUUGGUACCCAUUGUGUGCUGUGGGGAGGAUUGUGUCCUAGUUCCGUGAGACGGGUACCAUGCAGGUGUCAGAGAGGUUGUCGAGUAGACACACAUUUUAUCCCUUUUGGACAGUCUCGUGUGAUGGAUAGAUGUAACAAUAUUUGCGCCUGUAACUCCAGGGAGGGAGUGGCUCGGUGUACCACAAGACGUUGCUGAAGGCACAGCCACCAGGAGAGAUCGCCGUGAAUUCCACAUAACGUUAAUUCGAGAGUCGUUCUGAUAAUAAUCAAUCUUUUGUUCAAACUUUGCCAAUUUACAUGCCAUAGAAAUAAAGAAAGCAUCGCCUAAUAUGAUUUUGUAUUAUCAGUAUUUUAUACAUUUUCAUCUU